CACCACCACCACCACGACUCCCCUUUCCGACUCCCAUCGCAGCCCAAUCUCCACCGCCGUCCAUCACCAGCCUAACCUUAAUUUUAUUACUUUGUAUAAUAUUUUGGUUGUGGUAACAUAUUAACUGAGGCAAGUGACUAUCCACUUUCAUCCCCACCAACGGUCGAAAACAACAUAGAAAAACUCUCAGCACUCCUCACAAUCUCAACAAUUUAUUUGAAUUCGAAAAAUAUAACCGUUAACCCUCCCAUCUCCCUGUGUAUAAAACCCGCUCUCCCUUAACAAACAACAUUUCAGAACUAAAUCUCUCUCUCUCUCUCUCAUGGCAACCAUUGCAGCAGAACCAGUUCCUACAAAGAAAAGCAGGUCCAGAAAGGCAUUGAAGCAAACAAACUCAUCAUCAAAUGAGGCCAACAUUUUGGCCUCAGUGAUCUCUCAACCCUCUCCGACUCAGAAUGCGCCGCCAUUGGAGGACUCUGCUGGGAAAGAAAACCAUGAGAGCCUCUCACAGCCUCAAUCCGCCAAGAAAACUAAGAAAGCAGGUACGAAAGCGAAACAACAACAACAACCACAAAAUCAAUCUGUUGAGAAGGAGUUGCAAGAAAUGCAAGAAAAGCUUCAACAGUUGAGGAUCGAGAAGGAGCAAACUGAGGAGCUAUUGAAGGCACGAGAGGAGACUUUGAAGAUGAAGGAAGAGGAGCUUGAAACAAGGGGGAAAGAGCAAGAAAAGCUUCAGACGGAGCUCAAGAAGUUGCAGAAAAUGAAAGAGUUCAAACCCACCAUGACAUUCCCUAUUGUUCAAUCUCUGAGAGAGAAAGAACUAGAAAAGAAAGACAAGAAGAAGAAAGGUUGCCCUCAAAUAAAAAGGCCAUCUCCACCUUAUAUCCUAUGGUGCAAAGAUCAAUGGAAUGAGAUCAAGAAAGCGAACCCAGAAGCCGAAUUCAAGGAGACCUCAAUCAUUUUGGGAACAAAAUGGAAGAUGGUCAGCGCGGAAGAGAAGAAGCCUUAUGAGGAAAAGUAUCAAGCUGAGAAGGAAGCUUAUUUGAUGGUUGUUGGGAACGAAAAGCGCGAGAACGAAGCCAUGAAGCUGUUGGAGGAAGAGCAGAAACAGAGAACUGCCAUGGAGUUGCUUGACCAGUAUCUUCAGUUCAAACAGGAAGCCGAAAAGGAUAACAAGAAAACAAAGAAAGAAAAGGAUCCAUUGAAACCAAAGCAACCAAUGUCUGCGUUUUUCGUGUUCACAAAUGAGCGAAGAGCAGCUCUGCUUGCAGAGAGCAAGAGUGUCUUGGAGGUUGCGAAGAUCACAGGUGAAGAAUGGAAGAACAUGACAGAGAAACAGAAGAAGCCUUAUGAAAAGAUUGCAAAGCAAAACAAGGAAAAGUAUUUGGAAGAAAUGGAGGCUUACAAGCAGAGGAAGCAGGAAGAGUCUGCCAAUCUCAAAAAAGAAGAGAAUGAGAUGAUGAAAAUUCACAAGCAAGAAGCCUUGCAAUUGCUCAAGAAGAAAGAGAAAACCGAUAACAUAAUCAAGAAAAUGAAAGAGAAUUGCCAGAAGAAGAAGAAGAUUCUUGAUCCCAACAAACCAAAGAAGCCCGCAUCCUCAUUCCUUCUAUUCAGCAAAGAGGCAAGGAAGAACUUGUUGGAAGAAAGGCUGGGAAUUAAUAACUCUACCCUUAAUGCCCUCAUUUCAGUGAAAUGGAAGGAAUUGAGUGAAGUAGAUAAGCAAACCUGGAAUGAAAAAGCUGCAGAAGCCAAUGAGGCAUACAAGAAGGAAUUGGAAGAGUACAACAAAUCUGCAGCAAUGAAGGAGGAAAACAAGAACAACCCACAACAGUAAAAAGCAAGCUUGAAUAUUGAUGGAGGCGACUCUACUUUUGUCAAUGUGUUCAAAACUAUUUCUUUUCGUGUUAACAUCUGUUAACUACUACUGAUCCCCUGGACAUGUUUUACUUUUUUUUGGCCAUUUGAAUGUUGAAUUUGUAGUUUGAGAUUAGUAUGAUGAUUCAAAGUAGUUUGCAAAAUCAACGAAGUUGUGUUUUCCAAAGAUUCCAACUUGUGUGUUGAGUUAAUUUGAUGAUUCAGAUUGAAAUAGUUCCCAAAUCAGUGAAAUUGUUUUU